AUGAGCGCGGUUAGUUUUCUUUACAGCUCGAAAAACCCCAAAUUUCGAGGGUUUUUUAAUGGGAUUUGUGCUCUCGUCUUGUUCUGCUUCUUCUUUGAUCGGAGCGAAAUUCUCAGGAACCCUUUGUUAAAAAACGCCUCUUUCGUCAAUGGCGGUAUUGGUUCCGCCUCGGGCUCCGGAGGUAACAGAUUCUCCCAGUUUACGGUAAUUCGUAGGCAUUUAAUGCAAAUCGAAACGAAUGGUUCUGAUCCUGGUCUUGGUAAUAGCAGCUUGAGUAGCAGUAAUACAGUUUUAUGCUCGUGUUUACACAAAUACAUGGGUUAUGCUGAUCAAUGCGACUUCUUAAUAGCUAACCCAAGUUGUUCCCCUGAUGGCUUCUUUGAUUACCUCAGCUUCUUUUACUGCUCAUGCAGAGAUUUCAGGAUCUUGGAUUACAUGAUGCUAGGUGUUUGGCUUGUUGCUUUGUUUUAUCUCUUGGGUAAUACUGCUGCGGAUUACUUUUGUUGUUCCUUGGAGAAGCUUUCGAAGCUUUUGAGGCUGCCUCCAACUGUUGCUGGUGUUACUUUGCUUCCUCUGGGUAAUGGAGCACCAGAUGUGUUUGCAAGUAUUGCUGCUUUUGUUGGAUCAGAUAAAGGAGAAGUUGGUCUUAACAGUGUAUUGGGUGGUGCUGUGUUUGUUACUUCAGUCGUUGUUGGGAUUGUUUCGCUCUGUGUUGCGGAUAAGGAAGUCAAGCUCGAUAAGAAAUGCUUCAUCAGAGACUUGAGUUUCUUCCUUUUUACGCUUGUGUCGUUGCUGGUGAUUUUGAUGGUUGGUAAAGUCACAGUAAGGAUUGCUAUUGCGUUUGUGUCUAUAUAUGUGGUGUAUGCUUUCCUUGUUGCAGCGAAUGUGAUUCUGAGAAAACAUGCUAAGAGGUUUAAGCUGGAGGCUAUUACUCCUUUGCUACCUAUGCAAGGAAGCGUGUUUUCCCCGAGUGUUGGAGAGGAUAUGCCAAUGCAUAACCCCUUGAUUGAAACUGAUACUGAGGAUGGUCCACCUCGGCUACAGAGUCUUCCUCAGUGGAUGUGGGCGUCAAAUGUGGCCAUCUAUUCAAACCAUUUCGCAAAAGUUAGUGUACAUGAUGAAGACAGGGCACCUUGGGGAUGGGUUGAUGACAGUUUCUUCUAUACGAACGAAGAACAUUUACAAUUUCUUCCAUCUCUGAUUCACACAACCUGA